AUGUCACAAGAUUCUCAAACACCUUUAUCUGGUGCUCAAACACCUGUCGAUAAUACAUCUAUUGUCGACCAUAAAUAUGAAAAAACUGAUUCAAAUUUGGAUCAUUUACCUGCCUUACCGGAAAAAUCCUUUAAAGAUUACCUUUCCAUCUCCUUUUACUGUUUAUUAGUCGCUUUUGGGGGAUUUGUCUUUGGUUUCGAUACCGGUACCAUUUCAGGUUUCGUUAACAUGGGUGAUUUCUUAAGAAGAUUCGGUCAAGUUAAUGCUGCUGGUGAUUACUACUUAUCUAAUGUUAGAACUGGGUUAAUGGUUUCUAUUUUCAACAUUGGUUGUGCUGUUGGUGGUAUUUUCAUCUCCAAAGUUGCUGACUACGGUAGAAGAAUCGCUUUAAUGACCGCCAUGGUUAUUUAUAUCGUUGGUAUUAUUAUUCAAAUUGCUUCUCAAACUGCUUGGUACCAAUAUUUCAUCGGUAGAUUAAUCACCGGUUUAGCUGUUGGUACUGUUGCCGUUGUUUCCCCAAUGAUGAUUUCUGAAACUGCUCCAAAGAAAGUUAGAGGUACUUUAGUUGUUUGUUUCCAAUUAUUCAUUACUUUAGGUAUCUUCUUAGGUUACUGUACUACUUAUGGUACUAAAACUUAUACCGAUUCCAGACAAUGGAGAAUUCCUUUAGGUUUAUGUUUUGCUUGGGCCCUUUUCUUAAUUGCUGGUAUGGUUUUAAUGCCAGAAUCUCCGAGAUUCUUAGUUGAAGUUGAAAAAAUCGAAGAAGCUAAAAGAUCCAUCGCCAAAUCUAACAAAGUUUCUCCAGAAGAUCCAGCUGUUCUUGCUGAAAUCGAAUUAAUCCAAGCUGGUAUUAACAGAGAAAAACUUGCCGGUAAUGCUUCAUGGGGUGAAUUAUUCACUGGUAAACCAAAAAUUUUCCAAAGAUUAUUAUUGGGGGUUAUGUUACAAUCUUUACAACAAUUAACCGGUAAUAAUUAUUUCUUCUAUUACGGAACAACUAUUUUCCAAGCUGUCGGAUUAAAAGAUUCCUUCCAAACUUCCAUUAUUUUAGGUAUUGUUAACUUUGCCAGUACUUUUGCUGGUAUUUGGGCUAUUGAAAGAUUCGGUAGAAGAUCUACUUUAUUAGUUGGUUCAGUUGGUAUGUUUAUUUGUUUCAUUAUUUAUGCUGUUUUAGGUUCAGUCAAAUUAUAUGUUAAUGGUUAUGAUGGUCCAACUGAUAAACCAACUGGUAAUGCUAUGAUCUUUGUUACUUGUCUUUUCAUUUUCUUCUUUGCUUCAACUUGGGCUGGUGGUGUUUAUACUAUUGUUUCUGAAACUUAUCCUUUAAGAAUUAGAGCUAAAGGUAUGUCAAUUGCUACUGCUGCUAAUUGGUUAUGGGGGUUCUUGAUUUCUUUCUUCACCCCUUUCAUCACUGCUAAAAUCCAUUUCUACUAUGGUUUUGUUUUCAGUGGUUGUAUUUUAUUCUCCAUCUUCUACGUUUAUUUCUUUGUUAGUGAAACUAAAGGUUUAAGUUUAGAAGAAGUUGAUGAAUUAUAUGCUUCUAAUGUUGUUCCAUGGAAAUCUGCUGAAUGGGUUCCAUCUUCAAGAGAAGAACAAGCUAAAACUUCAGGUUUUGAAAGAUCAGAAUCUGCUUAA